AUGGCCCCCUUUCCUUUCCGUAUCGUUGAGCAUGUCGUGCCUGGUCAGCAUAUUCGCGAAUACCCCGCUGCCACAGCGAACAGCCAAGAGGAACCUUUAAACUUGGCCGUGAAACAAUACAUCCCACUCGACAACCCCAACCCGCAACCCGGCGAUGUGACCAUCUUAGCCGCCCACGCAAAUGGUUUCCCCAAGGGGGAAAUUCACGCCAGAGCCAAAGAUGCCGGAUUCCGCAUUCGCAGCAUCUGGAUGACCGACGUGGCUUGGGAAGGCGAGAGCAGCGUGCUAAAUGAACAUAUUCUGGGCAAUGAUCCGAGCUGGUUCGACCACCCUCGAGACCUUCUCCACCUGGUCAACGUCAAGCGAGCUGAGAUGCCACGACCCAUCAUCGGCGUCGGUCACAGCUUCGGCGGUGCGCACCUCACCCAGUUAAGCUUGAUGCACCCCCGGCUGUUCCACUCCCUGGUACUACUUGACCCGGUAGUCCAGCGACAGAGUACUCAGCUUGACGGACUCAGCCUAGAGGAGAAUAAGCAAAUCAUUGCAAAGACCACUCAGCUCUCCACUUACCGGCGGGACCUCUGGCCGUCACGAAAGGCCGCAGAGGAGGGCUUCAAGCGCAGCCCAUUCUACCAGACAUGGGAUCCCCGGGUUCUCGACCGCUGGGUUAAAGCAAUCCCCCCUGUUACACUGCGCACUCCGUUCCAUCAUGAGGUUUUUACCUUCUCGCGACCGAACUACAAUCACAUCCCCGGUAGCGGCAAGCCUGUGAAUCGAGUGACACACCCGGACUUAGACCCGGAUAACAAGCAAUCGUACCCUUUCUACCGACCCGAGCCGGUGCGCAUCUUCUCGCAACUACCGUUCCUUCGCCCGAGUGUGCUUUACAUCUUCGGCGGCAAGUCUGACAUGUGUCUACCAUGGAUGAUGGCCGAUAAGCUCGAACAUACGGGUGUUGGCAUCGGCGGCAGCGGCGGUGUUGCUGCUGGACGCGUGCGUGAUGUCCUGCUUAAAGAUAAGGGCCAUUUGCUUGCCCAAGAGGCAGUUAAUGAGUGUGCUGAUGCUGCUGUCGCCUGGAUGGCCCCUGAGCUCCGUCGCUGGAAGAAUGAGGAGGAGAGUUUCUGGUCCGAGUGGAAUAAGAAAAGCAAGCUCGAAAAGGUUUCUGUGGAUGCGGAGUGGCUGAAGCACGUCCCUGAGCCAGCGCGCCGCCCUAAGAAGACCGGUGCCGCUAAGCCUGAGUCGAAGCUUUGA